AUGAAGGUCAGCUUCUAUAACCUUGGCAUUGCGCUGUUUGCCGCAAUAGGCACGUUCCUAUUCGGCUUCGACACCGGCAUUGCCACAACAAGUUCGUCAUGA